AGCAUUUGUAAGCCGCCUCACAGUCUCUGUCUCCGGGCUGAGCUGGAAGCUGCUGCCGGACAGCCGGUCAGAACACUACGGAGGUUAAAGUGAGCCAGCGAUGGACCGACCAGGUUAUGGUGGGGCUUCAUCCUCCAGGACCUAUUCCAAAAGUGUGAUGGAAAAUGGGAUCUCUCCCUCAAAUCUCACAGAGGAGGACAUAGACUAUCUACGGACUGAACUGACAAAGGUGGAGGAUGAGAUCCAGACCCUGCGGCAGGUGCUUCUGGUCAGAGAAAAGUAUGCAACAGAAAUCCGGAGUCAGCUGGGUAUGACCCCCCUCAGUAACAUCAAACAGAACCUGUCCAAAGGCUGGCAGGAAGUCCAGACCUCCGCUCCGUAUCUCACAGCCUCUGCAACUCUGGACGACAUCAGCAACUCUAACAUAGUUGUGAGGACACGGGAGUCCCUCUGUCUCGCAGGACAUGUGACAUCGUCUGCUCUCUCCAAUAUGGGCGUGAGCAUCACCAGGAGACUCGCAGACAUGAGAGCCCUGCCCCUGCCCAGCCCCCCACGGCUGAGCCACACCAUGAGUGUGCCAUCUAUGAGACACUCCUCUACGUUCAAGUCGUUCGAUGAGAUGGUGGGAACUGUGAAGGUGAGAUCAUCCAAAACAAAGAUACACUGAGCAGGACUGAAGCUGCCCUUAUGAUAAAUAGGACAGGGUGAGCGGCGGUCCUUCGAAUAAUGGGAGCAUCUCCGGCUUUGAGAGAAGACCCUCCCGCUCGUGAACCCCAAACUCAUCAGGAAUAAUUAUUUUUAAGUAAUGAUAUUUUGCUCCCCUGUUUACCCGUUGUUGUGUUACUACCAUAAGACUGAUAGAAUGUAUUACAUGUGUGAAGAAGUACUACGUUAAUGUAAAAAUAGUCCUUUAAUGUCUUAUAUUUCUGCAUGUUUAUUUAUUAGUUAUUUAGUAAAGACAUCUUCUGCUUACAAUAUGCAUUCAUUGACAUUAAUUGUGACAUUUACAAAACGUUAAACUGCAAACAAGAAGUAUUUUUGUACUUAGAGAUUUUUCAAUUAAAGUCAAUUGAAUGUUG